AAUCUUCUCCCUAAAAAUCUUUCAGUGAGAUAAUCAAACAACCUGAAUAGACCCAGGGUUUAACUCUAUACUCUAAAUUAAGCAGUAUCAGGCCCCUCCCUCCAACCUCCCCCACACAUAAUACAUCCUGGGAAAGCUGUCCUCUUAUUGGUUGAAUGUAUUGUCAGUCACAUGGCCUGAAAAGUACUGCCUCUGCUCUGUUUGCAUUUAUGAAUUAACAGAUGUGCUUGGUUUGAAGAAACUGAUUCAUUUCUUGAUGGGAAGAAAAAUCUUGUUUAGUUUUUCACUUAUUUUUUUAUGUAUGGGAUUUUCACUAACUUUGGACCAGAUAUUUGCCAGGAAGAAUGUAAGUUUCAGCUCUCGAACAUCGUCAAAUAAAGAGACGGUUGUAAACAGUGAUCAACAGAAUAAUGGAGAUAUGAAAACAAUCCAGAAUUUCACAACAAUACCAAUGACACAGGCUCUCAGCUACAAUCUGAGCAGACAAGGCCAUUUGGAGAAAGAACCUUGGAAUGCGUUCAGCCAUCAUAGUCCAGUUAAUGUCUCCAUGGAUGGAAUUCCCUGCAUUCUCUUCUGGGCCAAAAGAAUAACAAUUAAAUUUAAGAAUCAGACCUGGCUGGACCUUACAGGUGAAGCUUUUGGCCAGAAGGCAACAGUGGAUGCUGGCAACUCAAACUGCAGUCAGGAAAGUGCCACGUUGUCUCUAAAGUUUGGUGAUGCUGAAAAUCCCAGAUGUCUUGAUAUAAGAUUCACCCUUACCAAUUACAACAAGUUGUCCAUCCAGAGCUGGUUUAGUUUGCACCGAGUUGAGAUUAUUUUCAAUAAUUCCAUCCAAGCGACUUUCAAUGCGACUGGCAUCUAUGCUCCGUCAAGCUCUUCCUACCACUGCCAGCACGUCAGCAGCCUGCAGCGCUACGAUGCCCUCUUGGUGCCCAGCGACACGGGUGAUAGGUCAAGCCUGUGGGAGGUCACGUUUGUUGAUUUCCAGAUCCAAGGCUUUACCAUCAAGGGAGGACAAUUUGCCAAGGCCCGAGACUGCGCCUCUUCCUUCUCACCAGCUGUUCUGAUCGGCCUGGCGAUGUCCCUGAUCCUGCUGCUGGUGCUGGCCUACGCCCUGCACAUGCUCAUCUACCUGCGCUAUCUGGACCGGCACUACAGUUUCAUCGCCCCUCCGGCCCACUUCCCCCAGCUGAAAGCCCGAGAUGCAGCAGAAGAGAAGGAGUUGCUGAAGAGCCAGGGAGUUGAAUGCUAUGAACUGAGAAGCCAACAGAUCUGCAAAAUUUAUGUUUAACAGCACAGGCACGUCUCGCUCAAGUCCACAAUGGGCUUUGAAAGGACUUGUUUCUGUUCUCUGAUGUUUGACUUGUGAUAUAAGGUUUUCACCAAAUGGCUUGAUUAAAAAAAAGAAAAGGAAAAUACAUAAUAAAUCACUUUUGAAGCAUCUACUGGCCUAUUUAGAUAGACUUGGGGCAAUAAAAAAGGUAUCUCAGGAAUCCCACAGACAUAAAUGUGAUUGUUGCCCCAAAGCUACCUUGAAAGCAAAGGGAUGUUUCAAG